AUGGCUUAUACCUACCAUCUAGAUGUCCAACGGCAUACCUUCAGAGCCGAUGAACUCUCAAUCCGACCUGUCGCGCCCGCCGAUGCAACGGGAUCCUACUCAUUAGAAUUAACUCCCAUUCUAUACGCCGACAUUCAUAAAGGCCGUCUCGCCCUGCGCCAUCAACAAACCGACACCGGUAGCGAAAUAGCCGCAGCAAAAUUCCCAACCAGCAGCGCGGAGAUGGAAAUCAAGCUAGCCGGCCAUCGCACCAAACUUAAACAUUCCUUCGUGCAAGUCGAUGCCUACGGGCGGUCGUACGAAAAAGUCAAACCGGAGAGAAGUUUCUGGCGAAACCGCAUAAAAGACGGAUCGCGGGGAUGUUAUGUCGGCGUUUUGCCGGAUGGGGCGCGCAUAAGAUGGGAGCCUGCAGGGCCCAAAGAUGACAUGGACAGUGUGAAGAAGAGUAAAGGACAAACGAAGAUGAGGCCGAAGUUACGGUGCAUGCUAGUUGAUAAGCGGGGAGCAAGCGUAGAGUUGCUUGGAGAAAUGAUGCAGAGUAACGAUGUGAUGAGACUAAUGAGAGGCGGGGAGCUUCAAGGAGAGGGAGGGAUGCUAGGUGUGUAUGUUCUAUUGGGCUUUGUUAGCUUGUUUGAACGGGCGAGGGCUAGGAAUAAGAAGAGAGCGGAGCUCGAACUUGAAGUCGAUUUCACAUUCGACGGUGACGGAGGCGGGGGAGAUGGAGGAGACGGUGGUGGAGAUGGUGGCGGCGGUGAUGGGGGAGGCGGAGGGGGAGGAAGUUAA